AUGUCAGCGUGGCUGCUGAGUCACCUUUGUCUUAACAGGGACACAGGCGACUCUGUGCUCAAAUCAGAGUUGAUAGGUGCUGUGCUGCAUCUGCUCGACGACAAGAAUCAGGACAUUGCAGAGAAGGCGCUGUGGGUGCUCACCAAUCUGACCAUCUGCAUCGAGCACUCUCAUCAGCUGAUCGAGUACAACGCCGUCGACAUUAUGAUCAACAUUAUCAAGCGCAGCAACUAUGGUCUGAUCACGCUGGCUGCCGUCCCUCUGCGCAACCUGCUUCACAAGGACACAUGCGGCGAGUAUCUGGACAACCAGCGCGUGCUCUGCCACAGCGGCGCCAUCCAACACAUCUCCAAACUUCUUGGCUCACGCUCGCCUGCACUCACCAACGAGGUCAUCAUCUCACUCACCUCCAUCAUCCAUGUACUUUCAAUCUAUCACCCCUUGAUCAGAAGAAUCAUAGCCAUCUCUGGCGUGCUGAGUCAGCUGAUAUCAUUCCUCUCGUCACCAUCAUCGUCAUUGCAGGUCAAGGAACAGGUUGCCAAGAUCUUGAUCAAUCUUUCGCUGACAGAGGAAACAGAGCGUCCAAUCUUGGACUCGGGCGCCAUCAUGCCCUUGGUGGACAGCAUCGUGUCGAUCAGCUCACCACUCAGUCUCAAGUCACUCAGCAUCAGCUGUCUUGCCAACCUAACAUCAAACGCAGACAUCAGGAAAGUCUUACGCUCCAAGUACCUCAUCGAAGGCCUCAUAGACAUUCUCAAGGAUCGCCAAUCACUCAACUCACAACUACUCGAGGCCAUCUCAUUAUCCAUCGCCAAUCUGUGUAUUGAUGACAUGUGUAGAUAUAUCAUUGCAGAGUCAGAGUGCGAUGCAGAGCUAUCAAAGCAUGUGGAUUAUCCACAUGCACAGGUUAGGGAGUCGAUUAUAAAGGCGUUGGAUAACAUUCGUGUACCAGUGUCACCGAGCAUUGGUGGCGAAUUGAUUAGGGACGACAUGUCUGACCUGGACUUGUGGGACGUUGGCAAUGGAGGCUCGGCUGGCGGCUCCGCCCAAUCAUCACCACGCGCUGGAAUGCACAGACAAUCACCAAAUGGAGCCUCACUCAAUCUGGGAAGUCCCAGACUGAGGCGGGCCGACAAGGACAAGGCAGUUCAGUCACCAGAGGAAGCGAGCACAUUUAGACGAGGCAAGAUCAUCAAGGAGAUCAUUGACACUGAGCGAUCGUUCAAGAGCGCGCUAAGCAUCUGCAUCAGAGUGUGCUACAACCCUCUGGUGGUCACAUCGGCCACCUCGCCCAUCCUGCCCAAGGAGGUGGUGACCAAGAUCUUCAGGAACAUCGAUAAGAUCUACCGAGUCAACUGCGAGUUCCUCAAGAAGCUGAUGUCAUUGUCAGCCGAGCCCAGUGUUGGCGAGAUAGUAGACGCAUUCGUCUGGCUCUGGGACAAUCCACUCACAACCAGUGCCUACCGCUACUACAUCAAAAAGUUCAACAAAGCCAUGGACCUGAUACAUGACAAUCGUGUCAAAGUGCCCAAGUUCAAAGAGUUCCUGGAUAAAUGCCAAUUCUCUGAUCAUUGCAAGAGCGAGACGUUGGAAUCAUACCUGAUUCGACCCAUCCAAAGACUACCAAGAUACAUGCUGCUCCUCACCGACUUGCUAUCACAUACACACGACAAGGACGACAAGGCAGCACUGGAGACGGUGCUUGCUCGCACAAAGACGAUAAUUGACCAGUUGAACGAGUCGAAGAGAACUGCCGAGAACAAGGAAAAGGCCAAGAUGCUUAAGGAGAAGGUUGUAGGACUGCAGGAAGGCUUCCAAAUGGUGUGUGACGAGCGACGUCUCCUCAAAGAAGGUCUAAUGAUGGAGUCAAGACAAAAGAAGGUAUCCAAGUAUCGCCAUCUCAUCCUCUUCAAUGACUUCCUAUUCUUCACCAAGCCAACCCGCAACAAGUACGUCGUACUACAAUCCAUGCCAUUGCUCGAGGUCAAAGUAGUUGAUAUGAACAACAACAAUGACUUGGAGUACUCAUUCAGGAUAUUAUGGAGCAACAGGGAGGAUAGGAAUGAGAAUGGUAUUGUGAUAUCAACGUCUAAAUUGGAGGAGAAGGAGGAUUGGAUGCGUGAGAUACGUGAGGCAAGCAAUGCAUUGAAGCGUGCCAAUCUCAAUCUAAAGAUGAACAACAAUGUUGGUGGCGGCGGUCUGCUUUCCACGAGCAAUGGCAAUGGCAUUGGCAAUUCAUUAUCCCAACCGAAUAAAUCUCCUAGAGGCGUGCACGAGAGUAAGUGA